AUGCGGAUACCCGUGGGGGUGGAGCGAAGGCUGGCGGCUUGUGAGGGAACCGUUGAGGGGCUGUCGUGGCCAUUGCGUAUGGCCAAGCUGGUACGUGUGGGAAUCGAGGAUCGUGGUUGGUGGCGCCCCACGUUAGCCUCGGCAGUUACCGUGGGCGGACGAAUACUUGACGAUUUUGCACUGAUUGCUGCUCCUGGUGAUGCUGCUGGUACCUGA